AUGGCUCGAUUCUUUCUCUUCUUCCUUAUUCUACUCCCUUACGCUUCUUGUUCCAGAGAAGAGCAAGAAAAUGACCGAAUCACUCACCUUCCAGGCGAACCAAACGAUGUAGCCUUCUCUCACUUCUCCGGUUACAUCACGGUCAACGAGUCAGCAGGACGAGCACUCUUUUACUGGCUCACCGAGUCGCCGCCGAGUCAAAACCCCGACUUAAAACCCCUUGUCCUCUGGCUCAACGGUGGACCUGGCUGCUCCUCCCUCGCUUAUGGAGCCGCUGAAGAAAUCGGACCAUUUAGGAUCAAUCCUGAUGGCAAAACCCUUUACCACAAUCCCUACUCUUGGAACAAAUUGGCGAAUUUGCUCUUCCUUGAAUCUCCAGCUGGUGUUGGUUUCUCGUAUUCGAAUACUACCUCCGAUUUGUACACUGCCGGAGACAAGAGAACCGCUGAAGAUGCGUAUGUGUUUCUUGUGAAAUGGUUUGAGAGGUUUCCACAAUACAAGCACAGAGAAUUCUACAUUGCUGGAGAAAGCUAUGCAGGUCAUUAUGUUCCUCAGUUGUCACAAAUUGUUUAUGAGAAACGUAAUCCGGUUAUCAACUUCAAAGGCUUCAUUGUGGGGAAUGCUGUGAUUGAUGAUUAUCAUGAUUUCGUUGGGUUAUUUGAAUAUUGGUGGACUCGUGGAUUGAUAUCUGAUCAUACUUACCACAAAUUACGGAUCACGUGUGAGUUUGUAUCAUCCGAGCACCCGUCCCCUGAAUGCAGAAAGGCUCUUGAAGCUGCAGACAAAGAGCAAGGGAAUAUUGAUCCUUAUAGCAUUUACACUAUCACUUGUAAGAAAGAGGCUGAAGCACUUAGGUCCCGCUUCUUGAGGGUUCGCCAUCCAUGGAUGUGGAGAGCAUAUGACCCUUGCACAGAUAGAUACUCCGGCAUGUAUUUCAAUUCUCCGGAGGUUCAAAAGGCUAUGCAUGCGAAUAUAACCGGAAUUUCUUAUCCAUGGAAAACGUGCAGUGACAUAGUUGGAGAAAAAUGGGCAGAUUCUCCUCUAUCUAUGCUUCCAAUCUACAAGGAACUCAUCGCCGCAGGCCUCAGGAUAUGGGUUUUCAGCGGAGACACUGAUUCCGUGGUUCCCGUGACUGGAACUAGAUACUCCAUUAGAGCCCUCAAGUUAAAACCAGUCUCAAAAUGGUACCCUUGGUACGACGAUGCACAGGUUGGUGGGUGGAGCCAAGUUUACAAAGGGCUUACUCUGGUCACAAUACAUGGAGCAGGACACGAGGUACCUCUUUUCCGUCCUCGACGAGCUUUUCUUCUGUUUAAAUCGUUUCUUGAGAACAAGCCAAUGUAA